CCUGCUCCCUCUUUCAUGGGCUGGCAUACGAGACACUGGAGUGGAAGAGAGAAAGAUCGAACUCCAGAGCGGAGAAGGAGAACAUCUCCACUGAGAGACAGACAGCACAGGAGAGCCUGAAAAAGGGACAAAUUUGGAUUAGAGAAGGAUAUAACUAAACAGCAAAGAACACAGAUUCAUAUAGCAGUUCAGCAUUUAAUUAAAACAUUACUAUCAACGCUGUGAAAACAUUUUUAGAUAGUUAUCUGUGUGAGUCUUUUUUUUUUAAUGCAUUAGAUUUUUGACGAUAUUUUUCUUGUUCACGGGUGGAAGUAGAGUCACGUAGAGGCAGGAGAGCAGGUUUGUGGGACUGAGGACCAAGGCCGGGUGGCGAAGGUUGUAGCUGGCGGCAAGUAUGCCCAGGGACGGUGGCCAGGCCGGGGUCAGAGCAUGCCGGUGGUGUUGGGUGCUGCUGGCGUGGGCGGCCUUGGGUGCCGGGCUCACCGACGGCUGCCCUGCUCUCUGCACCUGCAGCGGCACCACAGUGGACUGCCACGGUUUGGGCAUCAGGACUGUGCCCAGGAACAUUCCCAGGAACACAGAGAGGCUGGAGCUGAACGGCAACAACCUCACCCGCAUCACCAAGAGCGAUCUUUCCGGCCUGAAAUACAUCCGUGUCCUGCAGCUGAUGGAGAACCGGAUCAGCACCAUCGAACGCGGCGCCUUCGAUGACAUGAAGGAGCUGGAGAGGCUGCGGCUGAACCGAAACCAGCUCCAGCAGUUCCCCGAACUGCUCUUCCAGAAGAAUCCAGCCCUCUCGCGCCUAGACCUGAGUGAAAACGCAAUCCAGGCCAUUCCCCGGAAGGCUUUCCGAGGAGCGACGGACAUCAAGAACCUACAACUGGACAAAAACCACAUCAGCUGCAUUGAGGACGGGGCAUUCCGCGCCCUGCGGGGGCUGGAAGUCCUGACCCUGAACAACAACAACAUCAGCACCAUCCCAGUGUCCAGCUUCAACCACAUGCCCAAGCUACGCACCUUCCGGCUGCACUCCAACAACCUGCGCUGCGACUGCCACCUCUCCUGGCUGUCCCAGUGGCUGCGCCAGCGGCCCACCAUCGGCCUGUUCACCCAGUGCUCCACCCCACCCGCGUUGCGCGGCCUCAACGUGGCCGAGGUCCAGAAGCACGAGUUCACCUGCUCAGGCCAGCCUGACUCCAGGGCCCCCCAGCUCUGCAGCUUGGCAGCCGGCUCCUGCCCUCCCAUGUGCAGCUGCAGCAAUAACAUAGUGGACUGCAGGGGAAAGGGACUGACGGCUAUCCCAGCCAACCUGCCCGACGGCAUGGCCGAGAUACGGCUCGAGCAGAACGGCAUCAAGUCCAUCCCUCCUGGGGCCUUCUCGCCCUACAAGAAGCUCCGCAGGAUAGACCUCAGCAACAACCAGAUCUCAGAGAUUGCGCCCGACGCCUUCCUGGGCCUGCGGUCACUGAAUUCACUCGUCCUCUAUGGGAACAAGAUCACCGAACUGCCCAAAGGUGUGUUUGACGGACUGGGAGCCCUGCAGCUGCUCCUGCUAAACGCCAACAAGAUCCACUGUGUGCGGGCCAGCACCUUCCAGGACCUGCAGAAUCUGUCACUGCUGUCUCUCUACGACAACAAGAUCCAGACGCUGGCGAAGGGGACCUUCUCGUCCUUACGAGCCAUUCAAACCCUCCACCUGGCCCAGAACCCCUUCAUCUGUGACUGUAACCUGAAGUGGCUGGCCGACUACCUGCGCUCCAACCCCAUCGAGACCAGCGGGGCGCGCUGCGCCAGUCCCCGUCGCCUUGCCAACAAGCGCAUCGGCCAGAUCAAGAGCAAGAAGUUUCGUUGCUCAGCUAAGGAGCAGUACCACAUCCCAGGUUCUGAAGACACUCGCCUCAACACCGAGUGCAACAGUGACCCUGUGUGUCCACCCAAGUGCCGGUGUGAAGCCGGCGUGGUCGACUGCUCUAACCUGCGGCUCACCAAAAUCCCAGAGCACAUUCCCACCUCCACCACUGAGCUGCGUCUCAACAACAAUGAGAUCUCAGUGCUGGAGGCCACCGGCGUCUUCAAGUCUCUCUCCCAACUCAAGAAAAUCAACCUUAGCAACAAUAAGAUCUCGGAGAUCGAGGAUGGAGCCUUCGAGGGCACGGGCUCCGUGGUCGAGCUGCACCUGACCGCCAAUCAGAUGGAUUCGGUGCGUGGUGGCAUGUUCCGUGGCCUGGAUGGCCUGCGCAUGCUAAUGCUCCGGAACAACCGCAUCAGCUGCAUCCACAAUGACAGCUUCACGGGCCUGCACAACGUCCGCCUGCUGUCUCUCUAUGACAACCAGCUGACUACCAUCUCGCCGGGGGCCUUCGACACGCUUCAGAGCCUCUCCACGCUAAACCUGUUGGCCAACGCCUUCAACUGCGACUGCCGACUGGCCUGGCUGGGCGACUGGCUGCGCAGUCGCAAAAUCGUAACCGGGAACCCCCGGUGCCAGCGGCCUGCGUUCCUCAAGGAGAUUCCGCUGCAGGACGUGGCGCUGCCUGACUUCCGCUGUGAAGAGGGUCAGGAGGAGGCCGGCUGCGUGCCCCGCCCCCAGUGCCCCAGCGAGUGCACCUGCUUGGACACCGUGGUGCGUUGCAGCAAUAAGCACCUGCAGAGUCUGCCCAGGGGAGUCCCUCGCAACAUCACUGAGCUGUAUCUGGAUGGAAACCAGCUGACCAUGAUGCCGAAGGAGCUGUCUGCCUUCAAGCACCUGCAGCUCGUAGACCUGAGCAACAACAGAAUCAGCUCACUGUCCAACUCCUCAUUCGCCAAUAUGAGUCAGCUGACCACGCUGAUCCUGAGUUACAAUGCCCUGCGCUGCAUCCCGCCCCUCGCUUUCAGCGGACUGCGCUCCCUGAGACUGCUGUCCCUGCAUGGGAAUGACAUCUCGGAGCUGCCAGAUGGGAUCUUCAGCGAUGUGGCAGCUCUCUCUCACCUGGCCAUCGGGGCAAAUCCCCUGCACUGCGACUGCCGCCUGCGCUGGCUCUCCGACUGGGUGAAGACCGGCUACAAAGAACCAGGCAUUGCCCGCUGCGUUGGGCCCCAAGGCAUGGAGGGGAAGCUGCUGCUGACCACGCCGGCCCAGAAGUUCGAGUGCCGCGGUGAAGUGGACCCCGCAGUGCUGGCCAAAUGCAACCCGUGCCUGUCGAACCCGUGCCGGAACCAAGCCGGCUGCCUGAGCGACCUGGUGGACGGUUAUAAGUGCACCUGCGCGCCAGGAUUCAAAGGCAGGGACUGUGAGACAGUAGCCAAUGCCUGCGCCAGCAACCCCUGUGCCAACGGGGGCACCUGCCGGGCUGGUGCGAGGGAGGGCGGGGCCUUCAGCUGCUCCUGCCCACAGGGGUUCGAGGGCCCCACCUGCGAGGUCAAUGUAGAUGACUGCGAGGACCAUGACUGUGAGAACGGCGCCACCUGCGUGGACGGAGUCAACAACUACACCUGUCUGUGCGGCCCCCUGUACACAGGUGAGAUGUGUGAGGAGCUGGAGGACCCGUGUGCCCCCGGCCGCAGCCCCUGUCAGCACCAGUCCACCUGCCUCAUCACGGCGACCGGCCCCAGGUGUGUGUGCUCCCCAGGCUAUGUGGGUGAUGACUGCAGCGUGAACCAUGACGACUGCGCCGAGCAUCGCUGCCAAAAUGGGGCACAGUGUGUGGACGAGAUCAAUGGCUACUCCUGCCUGUGCACAGAGGGGUACAGUGGUCAGCUGUGUGAGCUCCCUGCCACGCCGCUGUCCCUCUGCGAGCUGGCAGACUGCCAGAAUGGCGCCCCCUGCCUGGAGCGGGCGGGUCGUGCGCUCUGCCAGUGCCUGCCCGGAUUCGGUGGUCCCCGCUGCGAAAAGCUGGUCAGCGUGAACUUCGUGGACAGGGACUCCUACGUGCUGCUGAGUGACCUGAAGAACUGGCCACAAGCCAACAUCACACUCCAGGUAUCCACAGCUGAAGACAACGGAAUCCUGCUUUACAACGGAGACAAUGACCACAUAGCCGUGGAGCUGCACCAAGGUCACGUGAAGGUCAGCUACGACCCGGGGAGCCAACCCGGUCACGCCAUCUACAGCACCGAGACCAUCAACGACGGCCAGUUCCACACGGUGGAGUUGGUGACCUUCGACCAGAUGGUGAACCUGUCCAUCGACGGCGGUCUCCCCACCACCAUGGACAGUCUGGGGGCAGUCCGCUCCCUCAACAGAGAUGCCCCGCUAUAUGUAGGGGGCAUGCCCAUGGACGGGCAUUCGGCUGCCUUCCGCCUCUGGCAGCUGCAGAACGGCUCUAGCUUCCAGGGCUGCAUCCGCAGCCUCUACAUCAACAACGAGUUGCAGGACUUCACCAAGACGGAGAUGAAGCCGGGCGUGGUUCCCGGCUGUGAGCCCUGCCGCAAGCUGUACUGCCUGCACGGCAUCUGCCAGCCCGAUGGUGCCGCCGGGCCCGUGUGCCACUGCCGACCCGGCUGGAGCGGGCCUCACUGCGACACGCCCGCCAUCAACCCCUGCCAGGGAAGCAAGUGUGUCCACGGGACGUGCAUCCCCAUGGAUGAGCAAACCUAUCGCUGCGAGUGCCAGGAGGGCUACCGCGGUGCCCUGUGCAACCAGCAGGGGGAGCUCUUCAACCCCUGCCGGGACCUGCGGUGUGCGCACGGCCGAUGCCAGAUCUCAGACGCCGGGCAGGCGUACUGCCACUGCGAGGCGGGCUACAACGGCGAGCUGUGCGACACAGUGUCGGAGUGCCGCGGAGAGCCCGUGAGGGACUUUCACCAGGUGCAGCGCGGCUACGCCAUCUGCCAGACCACGCGCUCCCUCUCCUGGGUGGAAUGCCGGGGCGGGUGUCGCGCUGGCGCCUGUUGUGCCCCCCGCAGGCUGAAGCGCAGGAGAUACGCCUUCGAGUGCAGCGAUGGCAGCUCCUUCACUGAGGAGGUGGAGAAGCCAGUCGAGUGUGGCUGCGUGGGGUGCAUGUAGCGCCCCCUACAGGGGGGCAGAGUGACGAAGGAAGCGAGCCAGCAAGAGCGAGAGUAUAACAAAAUAUAUAUGGAAAAAUAUAUAUGUAUUAUGGACUACAGUGGUUGUAAUAUAGGACAUUUCUUCCCUUCUAAGGGCGUAUGACUUAAAAACAAAAAUAGAAACACUCAUCAACAUUGUCCGAAAGGGUCAAAGUUCGGAAAGCCUUCAAAUCCAUCAGCCACUCCGUUAAGUGUCUCGUGGUCGCCACCUAGAGGCCUGGUGGGGAGUUGACUAUGGUGAUCCCCACAAACAUGCACCGCUUUCCUCCCAUGCUGGUCCCCUCCAGGCAUGGCGAUGGAGUUUGGCAUCUCGGUGAUGCUCCGUGUUGAGGGAAACGGUUCCCUGGACCACCUCCUCCUCUCGACCGGGCCUGCGACUAAGCUGAAGCUUUCUUCCCUCCUUUUUCUUACUUGAGCCAAACCCACAUGCUGUCGAAAAUCUUACCCACACGGCACGGCUGGCUGACCCCAUUCCUGCAUAUCCCACCAGAACCAGGAUCACAGUCUUACACAACAUAGCAGUCCAACGCAGUCCGUCUCCACAGUGUAAUAUAGACCAUAUUCUUCGGCGAGCGUCAUUCAAAAAUCAUUGAAAUAAUGGCAAAAGAGCACAGUGUCCUCUUAGACCUGCAUGUUCAGGGUCUGGUGGCUGCCUACCAUUAAUAAAUAGUAACACAACAUAAAAAAUUACUUUGCUAGGCACCCAACAUGCACAGAAGAUGGAAAGGAAAAAAAAAUAAAUCAGGUCAGGCAGGCUUCAUGUACAUAAACGUUUUCGACCGUUACUCCCAAAAACGAGGGAGUGUCCAGGACUGUCCGUGUGCAGAGGGACACACUGCCACCUGCUGGCCAAAACCCAGCCACCGCAAAUCCCAAGAAGGCAGGUGAACCAAGAAGUGGAAAUAGGAGAGAUAUAAGCUCCUCCCCUUUCUGCUGGCAGUAUUAAUUGUGCAAAGUAUUGCAUGAAGAUUAAAACAAACAAAAAAAUUGUAGAGUUUCUCUUUUCUAUUACUUACACAAUGGUAAGGUGCAGAUUUUUUGGUUUUAGUUUUUUUUUAAAUAAUUUGUGGCAUUGUUUGAUUCUAAGUUUAUAUUUUAUUUUCCUGUGUAACUCUUUAGCCCUCUAUUCAAACAGAAAUGCCUAACAGAUUCUAAUAUAUAUAUGUCUAUUUCAUUUCGUAUAGUAUUUUUAUAUGUUAAUGAGUAAAUCUGGGUUUUCCGGAAGCCUCGGAAAUCGCAGCGCGGCAUCUGAACAGUUUUCCUCGCUCAUGAUUUUCCUUUUUCCUGCACAUGUUCAAAGGAGCCAGUUUGCAAGAUGCCAAAAAGCCAGACGGCUUAAUAUCAGGUGAGGUGGUCUUACGGUGGUCUGACCUGUUUGUGAAAACCUAUGGGGGAGGAGCUUCAAGCUUUUCUUCCCUACGUUAAAAAAAAAAAAAAAAGAUACGACAAAGAUUUGCCUCUUUUCAGUAAUAAAAAUGUGGAGGAUUA